CGCACUGUUCUAAUUCAGUUGAAAAGUUCUGACCCCAAAAUAACACGUAAGAAAGAAAAUUAAUAGUUAAAAAAGCAAUGACAUAGCAGUGUUUUUGUAUAUAAGUUUAAAAUUGAGUCAACUUUGGCGCUAUUCUGAAAUCCUUCUCCUUCACUUGUCUGUGUUUUUUACUCAUCGUUGAGCCAUGAAACAAACCCUCACCAUUCUCCUCUUCCUCCUUCCCACCAUAACCAUCUCAGUUUCUGAACCACUUGAUCCAAAGCAAGUGAAGGCCCUUCAAUCCCUCAACAUCCCUACAACAGAAGACCCAUGCUCCCAACCCUCCUUAGUCUGCGACACCUCCACACCCUUCCGACACCUCACCACCCUACAACUCUCGAACUGCACCUCUCCCCACCUCUCUCUCUCCUUCGCAGCCCUCAAAUCCCUCUCCACCCUCGACUCCCUCCUCCUCCUCAACUGCCCCGUCACCUCCACCCCCUCCCCCACGCGCUUCCCUCUCCAACUCGCCUCCACUCUCCGCUCUCUCACCUCCGUCAACAGCCUCCGCAACAUCUCCGCCGUCUCCCUCUCACAUCUCCGGAACCUCACCCACCUCACCCUCUCCAACCUCACCAUCAAAGCCUCCGCUCCCUACGUUCUCUUCUCCCAUAUCUCCAACCUCCAGUCCCUCACCAUCUCCCACGCCAACCUCGCCGGCUCUCUCCCUAAACACAUCCACUCCCCCAACCUCACCUACAUCGAUCUCUCUUCCAACAACCUCCGAGGAAACAUACCCUCCUCCAUCACCAUGUUGGACAACCUCCAAGUCUUGAUCCUUUCUUCUAAUCAGCUCAAGGGUGAGAUACCCUCUUCCAUUGGGGACCUCAUUUCUCUCAAAAACCUCUCCUUGGAUUCCAACUCCUUCUCCGGCUCUCUUCCCGACUCCUUCUCCGCCAUACCCGGUUUGGUUCACUUGGAUCUCAGUUCCAACCAGCUCAAUGGCACCAUCCCAGACUUCAUUUCCCAAAUGAGUAACCUCAAACAUUUGAACCUCGCAAACAACCUCCUUCACGGGGUUCUGCCUUUCAACUCCACUUUCAUCCACGGCUUGCAAGUGUUCAAGGUCGGUGGCAACGGGAACUUGUGUUAUAACCGUUCGGUGCUUCCUUCCAAGUUGAAGCUGGACAUCGCUCCUUGCGAUAAGUUCGGAAGGCCAGUGUCUCCUCCACCGUCCAAGCGUUCUUCUGCGGAUGAUAGCAGCGAUGAUGGAGACUAUGAUGGUGAUUAUGAUGAUGGUGGCGCCAGUGUUAGUCACAAGAAGGAGCAUCAUCAUGGACCCAACAAGGUGGUUCUUGGUGUGGCCAUAGCGCUUUCUUCCAUGGUAUUUCUCGUUGUUUUUCUAAUCCUGUGCUCCAAGUGCUGUCGCUGAAAAAAAGUUUUGGUUUCUGAACGCAAGAGUAGGAAUUUUGGUAAUUUAUUUGAAAUGUUUUUGUUUGAUUCAUUUAUUUAUGAUGCAAAGAGACGUGUGGAUGGUGCAGAGGGAGAGUGCAAGAGAAACGAGAGAGAUUGCGAAAAUGAAAGGUGGCACCCCAUAGAAUCAUGAGAGGAAAAUUGUUUAUGUUGAGCUUUUGUUUAAUUUGGUAUUUUAAUCAAUUUCUUGUGCAGUGCAAUGAUUUGCAUACGAGGAGCGAUGAUGGCCUUUGCCACUUUUGUAAUUAGCCGUUUAUGAGUAGAAAGAGGUGC